CACCGCCGCCAGCGCUGUAGAGAGCGGGCUCUGUGCGUGUUGUCAUGGUGACCUCUUCCUGUAAACACCGGAAGAAGACGAGUGGCCUUGGAUUGAGCAAAAUGGCCGACGUUGAGAUGGACAUCGCGUCCAGAAGUAUGAAUAACGGCAACGAACACGUAAAGCAGGACCUGGAAAGCCACGAGCGAAGUGGAAAUGAAGACAGCGGAGAUUUGUCUGAGGAAGAGGAGGAGGAAGAGGAGGCGGAGACUAACGGAGAGAAGGCUGAGGAAGGGGAGACCAAACAGACGAGUGGCGUUGGCAGUGGCGUUGGCAGUGGUGUAGGCAGUGGCGGCGGUAUUGGUGGCAAACACAAGAGGAAGAAACACAAGCACCGCAGCAAGCACAAAAAGCACAAGCAUGCCUCCGACGAGGACAAGGAGCGGAAGCGCAAACACCGACACAAGCACCGCAAACACAAGCGCAAGGACGGCUCCUCACCCGCCGCCGCCACACUGUUCGGCGCCUCGGGACACAAAAAGACUGAGUCGUCCCCGUCAUCGGGGAACCCCAGCCUGGACGACCGCGCCCUGCUGGAGGACCUGGAGAAGCAGCGCGCCAUGAUCAAGGCGGAGCUGGACAGCCAGCUGAUGGAGGGCAAGGUUCAGUCGGGCAUGGGCCUCAUACUGCAGGGCUACAACUCGGGCUCGGAGGAGGGGGCCGGGGCUGGAGCUGCCGGUGGUGCCGCCGGUGGUGCCGCCGGUGCUGCCGGCGGCGGCGGAGGGGACGGCGAGGGCCGGAUCAGGAACGGCCAGCGUGCCGGUAAACCCCCAGGGUCGCCGCGGGCCGGGAGGAGCGGGAAGUCUCGGCGGGAAUCGACGGAGGCCGGGAAGUCUGCCUCCAAGCGCCACAGCCGCAGCCGCUCGAGGGAAAAGGAGAAGGCGGCCAAGGAGCCGAAGGCGGAGAAGGCGGCCAAGAGCAGCAAGGAGGCCAGCGGGAAGGAGAAGGGGCGCGGGGGGCGCAGCCGCUCCAAGGAGCGCAGGGGGCCAGAGAGCUCGGAGCGCUCCAAGGAGAGGACCAGGAAGUCCCCGUCCCCUGGGGGCCGCAGGACGGAGCAGAGGGCCGGCCGCGCCGACAAGCGCCCCACGCCCCCCCAGGCCGACAUCAGACCCCCACAGGAUCGCCCGUCCCGUCCGGGAGAUCGCGAGCGGCCCGGUCGCUCGGACGCGGACCGGGACAAGAGGCCCACCAAGUCCCCCUCCAAGGACGCCUCUUCGGGGAAGGAGAACCGCUCUCCCCACCGCCGGGCGCUCGCCGCCUCCCCGCGCCGCCGCAGCUCCUCCCCCCGCCUCAAGGCCCCCCAGCCGGCCCCCGCCAGCGCCCCGGAGCGGGCCGCAGUCCGCAGCGGCUCCAGGCCGCGCUCUCCGCCCAGGGGGGGCCGCACCCGCUCGCCGGACCCCCGGAGGAGAGACGCAGCCGAGCGCCCGGAGUCCCCGCUGAGGAAGCGUCUGCGUCCUGACGGGCCUCCGGGCAGGGCCCGGUCCCGGGAGCUCAGCCCCCGGUUGGCUGCGCGACGCCGCCCCAGCCGCUCCCCGCUACCACGGCGACGCCUCUCUCCCCGCAGGCGGAGCAGGUCUCCUCUGAGACACAGGUCGGAUGAGCGGGACCGCUACGGCCGGCCGCGGCAGUACCGCCGCUCCUUCUCCAGGGAGCGGGGGAGGAGGAGGAGGAGCCGCGACGAGGACAAGUUCAAGGGCAGCCUGUCCGAAGGCAUGAAGGUGGACCAGGAGUCCUCCGGAGAAGAAGUCCUAGAGGACUUUGACGGGGAGGAGGUGGACGAAGAGGCUCUCAUCGAACAGAGACGCCAGCAGCGGCUGGCCAUCGUCCAGAAAUACAAGCUGGGGACCGACGAGGGCACCAUGGCGUCGGAGCCCAGCAGCCCCCAGAGCAGCGCGCGCAGCCGCUCGCCCUCCCCCGACGACGUCCUGGAGCGUGUGGCGGCCGACGUCAAGGAGUACGAGCGCGAGAACCUCAACACGUUCGAGGCGAGCAUCAAGGCCAAGCACAACCUCAUCGCCCAGGAGAAAGACGGGGCCAACCCCAAGAAGCCCUCGGCCCCCGAUAUGUUCACCGAGUCGGACGACAUGUUCGCCGCCGACUUUGACAACGCCAGGAUGCGUGCGGCGGGCGUGGGGAAGGACUUCAAGGAGAACCCCAACCUCCGAGACAAUUGGACGGACGCGGAGGGCUACUACCGUGUGAACAUCGGGGAGACGCUGGACAAGCGCUACGACGUGUACGGCUACACGGGCCAGGGUGUGUUCAGUAACGUGAUCCGGGCCAGAGACACUGCUCGCGCCGGCCAGGAGGUGGCAGUCAAGAUCAUCCGCAACAACGAGCUCAUGCAGAAGACGGGUCUCAAGGAGCUGGAGUUCCUGAAGAAGCUGAACGACGCCGAUCCCGAUGACAAGUUCCACUGCCUGCGUCUCUUCAGGCACUUCUACCACAAGCAGCAUCUCUGUCUGUGCUUUGAGCCCCUCAGUAUGAACUUGCGGGAGGUCCUGAAGAAGUACGGUAAGGACGUGGGUCUCCACAUCAAGGCGGUCCGCUCCUACAGCCAGCAGCUCUUCCUGGCCCUAAAGCUCCUCAAGAGAUGUAACAUCCUCCAUGCGGACAUCAAGCCUGACAACAUCCUGGUGAAUGAGUCCAAGACCAUCCUGAAGCUGUGUGACUUCGGGUCUGCGUCCCACGUGGCCGACAACGACAUCACACCCUACCUGGUCAGCAGGUUCUACCGAGCCCCCGAGAUCAUCAUAGGUAAGCCGUACGACUACGGUAUUGACAUGUGGUCGGUGGGCUGCACGCUGUAUGAACUCUACACCGGGAAGAUCCUGCUGCCCGGCUCCUCCAACAACCACAUGAUCAAGCUAGCCAUGGACCUGAAGGGCAAGAUGCCCAACAAGAUGAUCCGCAAGGGCCUCUUCAAAGACCAGCACUUCGACCAGAACCUCAACUUCCUCUACAUCGAAGUGGACAAAGUCACAGAGCGGGAAAAGGUGACGGUGAUGUCCACCAUCAACCCCACCAAGGACAUCCUGGUGGACAUGGUGGGGUUCCAGCGGCUGCCCGAGGACCAAAGGAAGAAGGUGAUGCAGCUCAAGGAGAUGCUGGACGCCACCCUGAUGCUGGACCCGGCCAAGCGCAUCAGCAUUAACCAGGCCCUGCAGCAUCCCUUCAUCCAGGAGAAGAUCUGAGGCGCUCCCCUCAGGGGGGGCUGACUGACGGACAGGACCUCAUGGAGGGGUCCAUCUCGUGGGGGAUGUGGUUGUUCUUUUUAAAUUUGGUCAGCGCAGACACACAAGCUAGAUUUGUUGUAUUCUCAUGGGGGAAAACAGUGGCACAGGAAGUGUUUGUUUCUGUGGUUUAGUCUUGGUCCACCUCCUGUUCCCCACCCCCCCCCCCCCACCCCAUGACGCCCCAAUACCCGAUGGGUUCACUGUUCAACUGGCAUUGAAGACGACGCUCAAAGAAAUCGGAGAAAUUCCUGUAAAUAUGUCCAUUAGACUUUCGAAAAUCAAGGCAGCCGCCACUCCUAGUUUAAUUUUAUUUUCAUAACAAUGUUUUUUGUCAUCACUAGUACGCAGAGGGUGGAAACGUUUUUUUUAAUUAUUUGGACCCCUGUUUCGCUGCGAUGCAUGUUUCUGAAUGUGCUCAACGUGUUGUGUGUUGCAGGCCUGUGUAAAAUACUGUGUGUGUGUGUGUGUAUGGAUCUCUGCCUUUCUAUCCAACCCGAACGUAGAAGUCUCCGCCCCCUUUCUCCCCAUACGCCGAUAACCGACGACACCCCCCUUGAGAUGCAUUGAAGGAACAAGGAUGUACGCAUCACCAGAAGAACUCCAUUUCCCAACUUAACACGUGUUCCUAAUAAUUGCUCAGAGAUAAGAAAAAAAAAGGAAUCAAAACUUGACUGUCAAACCGCCGGGACAGCGCCCUCGUCUGGUGAAGUUUCGCCUUGGGUGGUUCCUUCUUGAUUGGCUGGAAAUUGGUACCAGGUGACGAUGGUUGUCAUGCAAUGAUUUCGAACCACAGUUGGUUUGGUUUUUGUGAAAUGGGGCAAUUGUAACAUACUGUUGGGCGCAGUCCAUGUGUUCUGAUCUCACCAUUUGGUUUCUCUUCAAUGCAGUCGUCCUAUCGAAGCCACACUGGCAGGCCCUACGUCACACACUGUUGUAUAUAUUCCAUCGUUGCCAUCCUUUUCAUGUUUUGAUUUAUUCUCCAUUAAGUGGUUUAAACAAUCUUGUGAUUUGAAUAAAUAAUAGUUGUGAAACAGCUGUUAAAGAAACACCUCGGUGUAACACAACUUUUAGUAAUAAAAUAUUUCAUAUUCUAUACCAAAA